AAAGUGAAUCGAUCGCAGUCUGAAUUCGACCUUCUUUAGCACAGCAUCGUGCCGCCGCGCUCUUUGGCUCUCCCGCGAAACGCUGCUGGACUCGUCGACGAUCCCACGUAGCGAAAGGUUCAAAUUAGUCGCGAAAAUCGAAGAGUGUGAAAAAUCGUGUAAUAAUCGUGAUCGAUCGGAAGAGUGACGAAGCGCGGGACGGGAAACAACUUUUUGCUGCCACUACGGUUGUUGUUGCUGAAACAGUCCCAAGGAAAAAUCCGUUGCGAAAACGAAUGGAUAUCGAAAAAGUCACCAUUUGCAUACUUGUGCGCGCACGUAUUACUAGCAGCCAAAACGCACACCAAUACAAGGUUUUAAAAUGGCCCGUCUACUAGUUCUGCUGCUGUGCAUUUCCAUGACAACAACCCAGAAGCCAGGCAACUUCAACUUCAAAGAGAAAGGUUUCAAGAGCAAUCAUGCCUACGACGUAGAUCCCCAGGUGCUCGAAAUCCAGCGCCAGAAUCUGAUCACCCAGAAGAUCCUGCAGCGCUACCUCGAGCGUCGACUCCACCCCGAGCGUAAGCCCCAGAUCCACGUGCCAUCGGUGGACGAAAUCCUGGCCAAAUCGCUGGCCAGCGGGUCCGUGCGGGACACCCGGACGAGCCAGAACGAAAGCAUGAGCUCCGGCCAGGGUUCCUCCAGCAGUAGUAGUAGUCGGUACAGCCUGUUUGACGAGUACAGCGGAGGUCAGCUGGACAGAAACCGGGAGGAUCCGACCGAGGAGGAGUUUGACCGGGAUCUGGACCAGUACGACGAUCUGGGCGGCUCGCUGGACAACGACCACAUCGAUGUGGAGUCGCUGCAGUCCGGUGAAUCGGAGCACGUGGAUUCGUUCUACCGGGACAAGUCCUACCGGCAGAGAGCAUCGGCUCUCUCAGAUUGUCCCAACUGCGUCGAGGAUUCGAGCGUCCCAAAUCGGUGGACCAUGCCCCUGCUGAAGCUGGGAGAGAAGCGGUACUAUCUUAGCAUUUUCUUCAAGGCUAACUGGUUCAAAGCCCUGCAGUACUGCCGGUAUCAUGGAAUGCAGCUCGCCAGCAUCCAGUCCCAGGAGGAGAACGAUCGUCUCGAGAAAUACGUCAAGGAUUAUGGCCUAGCCGCCGAGCACUUCUGGACGUCCGGCACCGAUCUGGCCGAGGAGGGCAGCUUCUUCUGGAUCUCGAACGGGCGGCCGCUCUCCUUCACCAACUGGAACGCCGGCGAGCCGAACAACUUCCGCUACGAAAACGGCGAGGAGGAACACUGCCUGGAGCUGUGGAACCGGGACGGGAAGGGCCUCAAGUGGAACGACACCCCGUGCAGCUUCGAGACGUACUUUAUCUGUGAGGUUUAAGGCGGGGAGGGAUCGCUGAUGGUGGGGCUGUUUUUUUUUGUAUUGUUGGAAAUUUUUGCGUGUGUCCCCAUUUUUAGGUCGAAACUUUUUUUUUAAAUACUCAUCGUUGUUAGUUUGGUUAGCAUUCUAAGACUUACAUCGAACAUUACUAAUUCAAUGAUUGCAUUGCCAUGAUUCCAUCAGACCAUCAGCACCUUUGAAAGCCCCGAUCAUUGAAUUUGUUUUCGUAUUUGUUUAAGUGUUCAAACAGUCUGAGCCAAUUUCAAAGAAACAAGUCUGUUCAAAUCUUUUAAUUUGUAAGAAGUUUACACCUAACUUAAAGUACCAUAUCGUGUAACGUGUUGUGACAAAAGUAUGUUUUAAAGGAACAAAAGUUACAAAACAUCUACCAUUAAAAAGAAAGAAAUUAUUUAUCUAGCAAGAAUCGUAAGCUCAAACAAAGAAUAUUCCUCUCUUACAGAAUGUUACGGCAGUGAAGAGAGUAGCAUGUAGCGACUAGUGGAGCAAGUUUUAGUUUUGUAUAGCGUUAAGGGAAAUGAGAAUUGAUUGUAAAUAUCCUUUACUGUCUUUUGUGUUGCCGGCCAGAGUGUAAUAAAGAGAUUAAGUCAUCAAUUAAACAAACAUAAAAAGUAAUUCUU